GGCCUCACUUCAGAUCUACUGAACCAGAAAGCCUGGGUGUGGGGUCCAGCAUCUGUGCUUUCACAAGCUCUUCAGGGGUUUCUAACGCAUGCUACAAUUAUAGAACUGCUGCCUGUGAGGAGAGGCAAGCUCAUGCCGCGGGGGAGGCGGCUAAAGUCUGGAAACACUAGCAGCUGCUUACGCCACCUGUGGGUAAGGCGGCUGCUCAUUGCUGGUGGGUGCCCGUAUCCAAAGUACUCUCACAUGCACACACACACACACUUGCACAUAUAUGAGCAUCUGGCACGAUCUCAGAGAAUCCAUAUGCAGGGAUUCCUCUCAGAUCCAUUCGGUAUAGGCAGGCACCCAAAUGAAGGCAGGAAGGGGUAGGAAAGAACUGUUCUCCUCCUGGCCCCACAAUCGCUUUGCCCCUUGUCCCUUUGGAGGGUCCCUGAGUGCUCCUUCAGAGCCACAGAAGCCGAGUAGUUGCCCAAUCAGACAAGGCAGCCCUAGAUGAGAGGUCAGGUGAUCCGUGUGCCUAAGAGAACUCGGGGUAUGUGCUAAGGGCAGCAAAGUUCUUUCUCUGCAUAGGUGGGCCAGGGCCAGGGGAAUGUUGGGGAUCAGCAGGCAAAGCUUAGGCAAGAGCAUACCACCCCCUGAGCCAUGAAGCGCUGCCCACACGUAGAAUUCCCCUUGGCCCCUCCCCAGGGCUGCUCCCCGAGCCCCGGCCUCCCCACCCAUCCCUCUGCUCUGGCCUAUGGAGCCCCGGGCAGCUGCCCACCUGGCCCAUCCCCAGGCCCUGCGGCAUCUCCCCCUGAGGAUCUGGAAGUGAAAUCAGGCCCCUGGAAGCUGCUGGGGAUGUGGGGAGGGGAGGAGAAGGCUGAGCUUCCUCAGGCUCAGAUCUGGUUUCGCGGCUGCUUCCCCUGGCGCAGUGCCACAGGCUGAGCCUCCAGCUGUGCUAUAUAAGGCCCGGUGGCUGGCCUGCUGGAGAGAGGAAAACUCGGACCCCCCAGCUGAGGAGUCCCGCUCAAGACACGGUCACUGAUCUGAGAAACUUCUCAGGGAUUGCAUUCCAGGGACUACAACUCUGUGAAGGAACCCUUACUCAGCUCCUGCUACGUUCCCCACAGGACCGGGGAAAAGAUGGCAGGGGCGAAGGCCUGCACGUUCUUCUUCCUAGUUCUGGAGAUCACCUCAGCGUUGGGGAGGCAGAUGAUGCUCACUCAGUCGGUAAGAAGAGUCCAGCCUGGGAAGAGGACCUCAGCCGUCUUUGCCAAGCCUGCUAACCUCCUGGACAGUCCUGGGGAGUGGACGAUCUGGUUCAACAUUGACCACCCGGGUGGGCAGGGUGACUACGAACGGCUGGAUGCCAUUCGGUUCUACUAUGGGGACCGGGUGUGCGCUCGGCCCCUGCGGCUAGAGGCUCGAACCACCAACUGGAAACCCGCAGGCAGCACUGGCCAAGUGGUCCAUGGCAGCCCCCUCGAGGGCUUCUGGUGCCUCAACAGGGAGCAGCGACCCGGCCAGAACUGCUCCAAUUACACCGUGCGCUUCCUCUGCCCUCCAGGAUCCUUGCGCCGAGACACAGAGCACAGCCUCUGGAGUCCAUGGUCUCCCUGGAGCAAGUGUUCUGCUGCUUGUGGUCACCCUGGGGUCCAGACCCGAACACGCACCUGCUUGGCGGAGUCGGUGUCACUGUGCAGUGAGGCCACCGAGGAGGGCCGGCACUGCAUGGAACAGGCCUGUUCAGCCUGUGACCUUACCUGCCCCAUGGGCAAGGCAAAUGCUGAGUGUGACGCGUGCAUGUGUCAGGACUUCGUGCUGUAUGGGGCUGUCUCCCUCCCUGGGGGUGCCCCAGCCUCAGGGGCUGCUGUCUACCUCCUGAGCAAGACACCUAAGCUACUGACCCAGACGGACAGCAGUGGAAGGUUCCGAGUCCCUGGGUUGUGCCCCGAUGGCAAAAGCAUCCUGAAGAUCACAAAGACCAAGUUUGCACCUAUCCACCUCACGGUGCCUAAGACUAGACUGAAGGCAGCCACCAUCAGGGCGGAGUUCGUGAGGGCAGAAACGCCGUACAUUGUGAUGAGCCCUGAGACAAAAGCACGAAGAGCUGGGCAGAGCGUGUCCCUGUGUUGUAAGGCCACAGGGAAGCCCAGACCAGACAAGUAUUUCUGGUACCAUAACAACACACUGUUGGACCCCUCCCUCUACAAGCACGACAGCAAGCUGGUGCUGAGGAAUCUGCGGCGGGACCAAGCCGGGGAGUACUUCUGCAAGGCCCAGACCGAUGCUGGGGCUGCAAAGUCCCGCAUUGCCCAGCUGACUGUCAUAGCCUCUGAUGAGAUUCCUUGCAACCCAACCCCUGAGAGCUACCUUAUCCAGCUGCCCCAUGACUGUUUCCAGAAUGCCACCAACUCCUUCUACUAUGAUGUGGGUCGUUGCCCUGUCAAGACCUGUGCAGGGCAGCAGGAUAAUGGGAUCAGGUGCCGAGAUGCUGUGGAGCACUGCUGUGGGAUCUCCAAAACAGAGGAGAGGGAGAUCCAGUGCAGCGGGUACACGCUGCCCACCAAGGUGGCCACGGAGUGCAGCUGCCAGCGGUGUACGGAGACUCGGAGAAUCGUGCGGGGCCGGGUCAGCGCAGCCGACAACGGGGAACCCCUGCGCUUCGGCCACGUGUACAUGGGGAACACCCGUGUGAGCAUGACGGGCUACAAGGGCACAUUCACUCUGCAUGUCCCUCAGGACACAGAGAGGCUGGUGCUCACGUUUGUGGACAGGAUGCAGAAGUUCGUCAACACCACCAAAGUGCUGCCCUUCAAUAAGAAGGGGAGUGCCGUGUUCCAUGAGAUCAAGAUGCUUCGGCGGAAAGAGCCCAUCACCUUGGAGGCCAUGGAGACAAACAUUAUCCCCUUGGGGGAUAUGGCUGGUGAAGACCCUGUGGCUGAGCUGGAGAUCCCAUCCAAGAGUUUCUACCGGCAGAACGGGGAGCCCUACAUGGGAAAAGUAAAGGCCAGUGUGACCUUCCUGGAUCCCCGGAAUAUUUCCACAGCUACUGCUGCCCAGAGUGACCUGAACUUCAUCAAUGAUGAAGGAGACACUUUCCCUCUUCGGACAUAUGGCAUGUUCUCUGUGGACUUCAGAGAUGAAGCCACCUCAGAGUCCCUUAAUGUUGGCAAGGUGAAGGUUCAUCUUGACUCGACCCAGGUCAAGAUGCCAGAGCAUGUGCCCAUGAUGAAACUCUGGUCGCUCAACCCAGACACAGGGCUGUGGGAGGAAGAAGGUGACUUCAAACCUGAAAGCCAAAGGCGGAACAGAAGGGAAGACAGGACCUUCCUGGUGGGCAACAUGGAGAUCCGUGAGAGGAGGCUUUUUAACCUGGAUGUCCCGGAAAGCAGGAGGUGCUUCAUCAAGGUGAGGGCCUACAGGAGUGAGAGGUUCUUGCCCAGUGAGCAGAUCCAGGGGGUUGUGGUAUCUGUGAUCAACCUGGAGCCCAGGACUGGCUUCUCCUCCAACCCCAGGGCCUGGGGCCGCUUUGACAGUGUCCUCACGGGUCCCAAUGGGGCCUGCCUGCCUGCCUUCUGUGAUGACCAGUCCCCUGAUGCUUACUCUGCCUAUGUCUUGGCCAGCCUGGCUGGGGAAGAACUGGAAGCAGUGGAGUCUUCUCCUAAAUUCAACCCAAAUGCAAUUGGUGUCCCUCAGCCUUACCUCAACAAGCUCAAGUACCGCCGGACAGACCAUGAGGACCCACGGGUCAAGAAGACGGCUUUCCAGAUCAGCAUGGCCAAGCCACGGCCCAACUCACCUGAGGAGGGCAAUGGACCCAUCUAUGCAUUUGAGAACCUCCGGGAAUGCGAGGACGCACCACCCAGUGCGGCCCAUUUCCGGUUCUACCAGAUUGAGGGGGAUCGGUAUGACUAUAACACAGUCCCUUUCAACGAUGAUGACCCCAUGGGCUGGACUGAAGACUACCUGGCAUGGUGGCCCAAGCCAAUGGAGUUCAGGGCUUGCUACAUCAAGGUGAAGAUUGUGGGGCCACUGGAGAUAAAUGUGCGAUCCCGUAACAUGGGGGGCACCCACCGGCGGACAGUGGGAAGGCUGUACGGAAUCCGGGAUGUGAAGAGCACACGGGACAGGGACCAGCCCAACAUCUCCUCUGCCUGUUUGGAGUUCAAGUGCAGUGGGAUGCUCUAUGACCAGGACCGUGUGGACCGCACGCUGGUGAAGGUCAUCCCCCAGGGCAGUUGCCAACGAGCCAGUGUAAACUCUAUGCUGCAUGAGUACCUGGUCAACCACCUACCGCUGGCGGUCAACAACAACACCAGUGAGUAUACCAUGCUGGCGCCCUUGGACCCACUGGGCCACAACUAUGGCAUCUACACUGUCACUGACCAGGACCCUCGCACAGCCAAGGAGAUUGCGCUCGGCCGGUGCUUUGAUGGCACAUCCGAUGGCUCCUCCAGAGUCAUGAAGGCCAAUGUGGGAGUGGCCCUCACCUUUAACUGCGUAGAGAGGCAGGUGGGCCGUCAGAGUGCCUUCCAGUACCUCCAGAACACCCCGGCCCAGCCCUCCCCUGCAAGCACUGUCAGGGGAAGAGUGCCCUCAAGGAGGCAGCGGGCAAGUCAGGGUAGCCAGCGUGGAGGGGUGGCCUCUCUGAGGUUUCCUGGGGCUGCUCAGCAGCCUCUGAGCGACUGAGGCUUGUGGUACUUCUCUUCUCCUGCCAUCUCACAUGACAGCCUUGUGGGACUGACGCCCAAACUGUCACUCGGUUAAUUUAAGCCCAUCUGUUCUGGUGCAACUUGCGUGUUUCUUCAUUCCUUUACUUACUUAUUGUCUUUGUCCCAUGAUACUGAUGGGCAUGAAGCCCCUAAAAUGUCAAAAUAAAGCCCCACUGUCCUGUUCUCUCUCUACAAGAAACAAGAAAUUGGCCAUGGGCAAACUCUGUGGCUUCAAGCAUUCUUCCUUUAGUGCCAUACCUGGAAAUGUCUUUCAUUUUCUUUUUUGCAUGGUUUUGCCCACCUCUAAUGAUAAUCUGAUGUUGAAGAUCAAAUAACCCAUAUAAAGCAUAUUUCUUGGCCUGGCUCCAUAGGAUGUAAGCAAGGCCUGCAUCACAGUUCAUACAUAUAAAAGGUGGUGAAAUAAAGAAAUAAACUAUAUUGUUACUUGAAAUGUUACUAACAUUUCUUUGCUGAAUCUGGAACUCUAGUGCAUGUUCAGUGUUCAACUGUUGAAUAUAAGGUAAUCAUAUUUCCUCUGCCAAAUCUGGAAAAAACAUCACCUGGUAUCCACAGCUGCACUCGGUUGCUAACUAUAUUAAUGUGUUUCCUUUUAUAUUUGCUAUUGUUCUUGCUAGAAGCCCAGUGUGGCCCAGAACAGAUGUCAAUAAAUGCACAUUUUGUACUUGA